AUGCAUUGGAUAUCGUUACCCUUCGUCGUUUUAGCGGUGACAAUCACAGCCUGUCUCGGAGCUUCACCGAAUAACGCGAGUGAUCUUCUGCAAAACCAUGCCCCGGACGGGGCUCCCGCACCGGUUUAUCUGGGCUCACGUACACAGGAAUCCGCCUAUCAGGACUAUUUGGCCCAAUUGACGUCGCAGCAAGCCAAGAAGGACAAGGAUAUUCCCGGGGGCCCAUCGACGGCGUCGAUUCCUAAAUUCGAUGGCCAAUACGGCAUGCCGACGCCAGUGCCGAAGAAGAAACACAAGAAACCAAAGCCGACGAGUACCGCGAGCCCGUCGAUGUACGCCGACUAUGGAUACGCCGACGAAGAUGAAAGUCCACCUGCCAAAAGUUACUAUGCCCAGCCCGUCAAACACAAAUAUGCCUAUACCGACCAUAAGGAUUAUGGUCAAGACUACCAUGCGACGGCAGGGUCCUCACCAUCGAGGAACAGGAGACCUUACGAAGCCUAUUACGAGCAAGAUUACGAGGAUCCUCAUGGAUACUAUCAGGCCGAAGCCAGCAGCACCCAACAACAAACCGCGCCUCCGCCGGACACCCAGGCUUCCGGCCCUCCCCCAAAAGUUUCCGCUAGACCCAUCCAUAAGGGGAAAAUCGUAAACGGGGAGCACAUUAAAGCAUCUGCGUCCGAGUACUACGGAGGAUACGGCGGGGGAGCAUCUUACGGAGGGGUGGCGGGAUACGAUGAUUUCUACGGAGGAGGUGGUUAUCACGGGGGCUAUCAUCAUUCACCUCCUUAUCGUCAUCAUCACAGAAGCAGUAAGGGUCCCCUGGCGCUGCUUCUAGGACUUCUGCCGCUCGGACUAUUGUUCGCGAGCAUAGUCCCCUCCCUGUACAGCAUACCUUUCGCAGCGUUUCCUCAAGGCGGAAUCCCGGUGCAAAACAUCGCCCCGCCCCAAGUAGUCGGUCGACGCCGCCGUGACGUCACCAUCCAGGAUGCUCCCGAUAAACCGAAGUUCGCGAACCCCGUCGAUCCUCUGACGUCUGGAUUGAAUACUUUGAACGCCUUUGCGAAUGUCCUUGAAACGAACCCCGUCAUCAAAGCCUUUCAUCAGUACGGAUUCCAAGGACUAGAGAACCCUUCUUGCGUCCAGAAACUCACUUGUGAAACUUUUUCGGCGCAGACCUGGAUGCAGAUGCUCGCCAGAAGCUAUGAUACAGCAUGGGCGGAACCGCUAGGGCUCAAACCUCUGGUGAAAGCGAUCGCCACGAAGAACUGCGAUAUGUUCAGAUGCUCACCGAAGAAUGACGAGCGGCCCGCCGAGUCGAAUUCUAUAUAG